CGACAAACCGUAGGGGGCAGUGUGCUACUCCAAUGCCAGCAUAGCGACUGCAAAAGGAGCGAAGAAGAACGUAGCCCAGGCAAACAUGGUGAACGACAAGAGUACUCUGGGCCAGCUGAAGGACCUGGUGGAGCUGAAGGAUCAGCUGGAGGACAUCCAGAAACGUAUGGAAGAUGAGAUUCAGGCCGGGGUUCCUGCUGGCGGCAGUCUCCUGGGUUCUCCCUUCCUGAAGGGCUUCCUGGCCGGCUACGUGGUGGCCAGGUUCCGCUCGUCUGCACUACUGGGCGCUGUGGUCGGGACGUGCACAGGAAUCUACGCGGCGCAGAACUACAAGAUUCCAAAUGUGGAGAACACGAUUAAGGACUACAUCAACAGUGUGAGAGGAAGAAGCCGAUGAGAAACGAUGUUACAACUGUCUUGUACAUGUGUUCUGCCUCCUGUAGUAUAGGAAGCACUCCUUUGGGACUAUAUCAAACUUUAUUAUUGUCUGUCAGUGGCU